UAGCCAAACUCGCUGUACUCCAUAAUAUACCAAGAAAAGCUUUGGCUCCUUCCAGCAACAACAGGGAGCGUUCUCUAACUGACACCAUCAACAUGCGCCGGCCCCACUAUCGAGUGAAACCUUUGUCCGGUACCAUUUACUAACGGAUAAUUUUGCCCAUCUUGGGAUAAUUAAUCCCAAUUCAAAGAGAGAUUCUGCUGCAACACUUUCCUUCGCUGCUCGCAUUUACUAUUUUAUUCAAAACGAAGCCUCGAACUCUGAGUGAGAGAGAGAGAGAGAGAGAGAGAGAGAGACAGAGAGAAAAGAGGGAGGGAAAGAGCGAAAGCACUCCAAAAACCCCUCUCGCUCUCUCUCCCCUCUGCUCUUCUCAUCUCAUCUGUCCUCGGCCUCCUGCCGCUGAGCAAAAACUUAGAAGAUCACCCACCACCAUCCACUCCCCACUUACCACUGCUACGCUCGUCUCCGCUACGGUGCCGAAAAGUCUAUAUUUUGGUUGUUCCAGGAUGCCGUCCGCUUCCUCCGCCUUCUCCCUCUUCCUCCUCCUGCUACUGCUGUUUCCCCUUCUCAUCUCGGCAACCCCGCCGCCGCCUCAGCCGUCCCCGCCGCCAGCGCCCCAUCUGAACCGUACCUCCGAGAUCUUGGCCGAGAUCGACGCCCUCACCGCAUUCCGCCGCGCCCUCCGCGAUCCUCUCGGCGCCCUCGCGGGGUGGGUUGCUUCCUCCCCCUCCGCCCCAUGUUCCUGGCGCGGCGUCGCCUGCGACCCGGACGUUUCCCGCGUCGUCGAGCUGACUCUCCCCCGCCUCCGGCUCUCCGGCCCCAUCUCCCCACGCCUUGCCGACCUCCACCUCCUCCAGCGACUCAGCCUCCGCACCAACCAGCUGUCCGGCCCUGUUCCCCCCUCCUUCGCCUCCCUCGGCCGACUCCGCACCCUCUACCUCCAGUCAAACACCCUCUCCGGUCCCCUUCCCCCCGCCUUCCUUUCCAAUCUCUCUAACCUCCAAGUCCUCAGCCUCGCGGGAAACCUCUUCACAGGCCCUGUCCCUACCGCACUACCUCCUGACAUCCGAUACAUCGACCUCUCCUCCAACGCCUUCUCCGGGUCGAUUCCUGCCAACCUCUCCGUCACCGCCCCCCGCCUCCAGCUCCUUGACCUCUCCUUCAACCGCCUUAACGGCACCAUUCCCGGGAACCUUGGUGGCCUCCCCGCACUCGCGUUCCUCUGGCUCGAUGGCAACCUCCUCGAGGGUACACUUCCCGCUGUCCUUGCAAACUGUUCCUCCCUCGUGCACCUUAGUCUCCAGGGGAACAGCCUCCGCGGCAUCGUCCCUGCCGCCAUCGCGGAGAUGCCCAACCUCCAGGUGCUAGCCCUCGCCCGCAACCGCCUCUCUGGCGCGGUGCCCGCCUCCGUCUUCUACAACGCUUCGACCACCGGCGUCUCAUCACUCCGGAUCGUCCAGCUCGGGCAGAACGAAUUCACCGAGCUUGCUCCGCCUCCGCAGGGGCGUCGCUACUCCGCCGCCCUCCAGGUCCUGGACCUCAAGCAAAACCGGCUUGCAGGAGCAUUCCCCGCGUGGCUUGUCAAUGCCUCGGGGCUCACGGUCUUGGAUCUCUUCGGGAACGCCUUCACCGGCUCGUUGCCGCCAGGUAUCGGACGGCUUGCAUUACUGCAAGAGCUGCGGCUUGGGAGGAACUCGAUGACCCUGCCGGUUCCAGUGGAGAUCGGGCAGUGCAGCGCCCUUCAGGUUCUUGAUCUCGAGGAGAACCGGUUCUCCGCUGAGAUACCGGCCGCUCUUAGUCGCCUUAGCCAGCUGAGGGAUCUCUACCUCGGCGGCAACCUCUUCUCCGGUUCGAUUCCCGGGAGUCUCGUUAAGCUCUCCAAGCUCGAAACGCUGUCGCUCUAUGGCAACAAGAUUUCCGGCGUCAUCCCAGAGGAGCUGAUGCUGCUGAGCAACCUCACCACGUUGGUCCUCGCUGGCAAUGGUAUCUCCGGCGAGAUUCCUUCAACGAUCGGAAACCUCACGGGGCUUCAGACACUAAACCUGAGCAUGAACAGCCUGUCCGGCGUCAUUCCGGCGUCGAUCGGGAGGCUGCUGAACCUGAAGUCGCUGGACCUCAGCGGCCAAAAGAACCUUUCCGGAGACCUCCCGGCGGAGCUGUUCGGAUUACCAAGCCUUCAGGUGAUAUCUCUCGCCGACAACUCGUUCUCCGGCCAAGUUUUGGAGGGUUUCAGCAGCCUAUGGAGCUUGCAGAUUCUGAACCUAACUGCCAACUCCUUCUCCGGCUCAAUCCCUGCGACAUAUGGCUACCUCCAGUCACUAAAAGUUCUUUCGCUUGCCUACAACAACAUCACCGGCGAGGUCCCUGCGGAGCUCGCUAACUGCUCCAACCUCACCAUUCUACAGCUCCGGUCCAACCACUUGUCAGGCCCCAUCCCGGAGGAUAUCUCCCGUCUCUCCGACCUAACGGAGCUCGACCUCGGCCGGAACAAUCUGUCGGGCAUAAUUCCGCCGGAUAUCUCCAAUUGUUCCACUUUGGUCACGCUUAUGUUGGACGGCAACCAUCUCUCAGGCGACAUUCCCGACUCACUCUCCAGUCUUUCUAAGCUUCAAGCGCUCGACCUCUCGGACAAUGAGCUAUCGGGCUCAAUUCCGUCCUCCCUUGCUCUCAUCUCCAGGUUGGCGCACCUCAAUGUGUCCGAUAAUAGCCUGAGAGGAGAAAUUCCAGGGGUGGUGAGUUCCCGCUUUGGCGAUCCAUCGGCGUUUGCUGGGAAUCCAGAUCUCUGCGGUCACCCCUUGGAGACGGCGUGCAAGAAGAGGAAGAGGACGUAUCUUAUCCUGGUGAUCGGCCUCACUGCGGCCGCGGCUUGCAUUCUGGUCGUCUGCUGCUGCUGUUUUGUUUUCAGCCUGUUGCGCUGGCGAAGGCGCUUCCUGGAUAGUCGGGCCGGCGUGAAGAAACGGAGCCCCGGAAGGGGCAGCGGAUCGAGCGCUGGGAGCGGCGGUAGCGGUGAGAACAAUGGCGGGCCGAAGCUGGUGAUGUUCAGCAACAGGAACACCUACGCUGACACGGUGGAGGCGACGCGGCAGUUCGACGAGGAGAACGUACUUAGCCGCGGUCGCCACGGACUGGUAUUCAAGGCGUGCUACAACGAUGGCACCGUGCUGUCGAUCCUGCGGCUGCCGUCGACGUCGGCGGACGGAGCCAUCGUGAUCGAGGAGGCGGCGUUCCGCAAGGAGGCGGAAUCGCUGGGGAAGGUAAAGCACCGGAACCUGACCGUGCUCCGCGGCUACUACGCUGGCCCCCCACCAGAUGUUCGACUGCUGGUCUACGACUACAUGCCCAACGGCAACCUCGCCACGCUCCUGCAGGAGGCGUCCCACCAGGACGGCCACGUGCUCAACUGGCCCAUGCGCCACCUUAUCGCCCUCGGCGUGGCCCGCGGGCUGACGUUCCUCCACGCCUCCGGGGUCGUCCACGGGGACGUCAAGCCGCAGAACAUCCUCUUCGACGCGGACUUCGAACCCCACCUCUCCGACUUCGGGCUAGAGCCGAUUGUGGUGACGGCGGGUGCAGCGGCCGCCGCAGCCGCGGCAUCGACAUCGGCAACGACGGUGGGAUCCCUGGGAUACGUGGCGCCCGACGCGGCGGCCGCCGGUCAGGCUACGCGGGAGGGGGACGUGUACAGCUUCGGGAUCGUACUGCUGGAGCUGCUGACUGGGCGGCGGCCGGGGGCGUUCGCUGGGGACGAUGAGGAAGACAUCGUGAAGUGGGUGAAGCGGCAGCUGCAACGGGGGCAGGUGGCGGAGCUGCUGGAGCCGGGCCUGCUGGAGCUGGACCCGGAGUCCUCGGAGUGGGAGGAGUUCUUGCUGGGGAUGAAGGUGGGGCUGCUUUGCACGGCCCCUGACCCGCUCGACAGGCCGUCCAUGGCCGACGUCGUCUUCAUGCUCGAAGGCUGCCGCGUCGGCCCCGACCUCCCUUCCUCCGCCGAUCCCACUUCCCAGCCCUCUCCCGCCUGAAUUCUGUCUGCUUCUUCUUUUUUUCUUUUCUUUUCCGGCUUAAUUCCCUUUUUCUUUGUUUUUUUCCUUUCCCUUAUUCUUUUUAAUUCGAAGUCCCUUUGUAGUA